CACUUACUUGCAGGUGGAUGCCUGUUUCUGCUAAGUCAUCCUGGGAUGCUCAAAGCCCCAUUGUCAGGCCCUUUCUGUCCUCCUUCCUGGCUCCUCCUUCCUUCCCACCCCCUGGAGAGACUCUUAUGUGGACUCGGCCACUGUGCAGGGCUCACUCUGGCGGCGACAUGGCUUACAUCGCCAAGUCCUUCUACGACCUCAGUGCCAUCAGCCUGGAUGGGGAAAAGGUGGAUUUCAACACAUUCCGAGGCCGGGCAGUGCUGAUCGAGAAUGUGGCUUCGCUCUGAGGCACGACCACCCGGGACUUCACGCAGCUCAAUGAGCUGCAAUGCCGCUUCCCCCGGCGCCUGGUGGUCCUCGGCUUCCCUUGCAACCAAUUUGGACAUCAGGAGAACUGUCAGAAUGAGGAGAUCCUGAAUAGCCUCAAGUACGUUCGCCCAGGGGGCGGCUACCAGCCCACCUUCACCCUCCUUCAGAAGUGCGACGUGAACGGGCAGAAUGAGCACCCCGUCUUCGCCUACCUGAAGGACAAGCUCCCCUACCCCCAGGACGACCCGCAUUCCCUCAUGACCGACCCCAAGUUCAUCAUCUGGAGUCCGGUGCGCCGCUCGGAUGUGGCCUGGAACUUCGAGAAGUUCCUCGUGGGCCCCGAGGGGGAGCCCUUCCGGCGCUACAGCCGCACCUUCCCCACCAUCAGCAUCGAGCCUGACAUCAAGCGCCUCCUCAAAGUCGCCAUAUAGACCAAGCUGCUCUGUGCCCAGGUCUGCUCUGCCUG